UUCUCUGUUUCAGUGGAGGCAGCCAUCUUGCUCUUGCUGCGUGCCGGUGUUGGGGGACCCCCCCUCCCCUUUCCCUACUUCAGAUUCACCAACAGCAUGAACCAAGAAAAGUUAGCCAAACUUCAGGCUCAGGUCCGGAUAGGGGGCAAGGGUACAGCUUGCAGAAAGAAGAAGGUGGUACAUAGAACAACGACAGCUGACGACAAAAAACUCCAGAGUUCUUUGAAAAAACUGGCUGUAAAUAACAUAGCUGGUAUUGAAGAGGUGAACAUGAUCAAAGACGAUGGAACAGUUAUUCAUUUCAACAAUCCCAAAGUCCAAGCUUCCCUGUCCGCCAACACCUUUGCGAUCACUGGUCAUGCAGAAGCCAAACCAAUUACAGAAAUGCUUCCUGGAAUAUUAAGUCAGCUUGGGGCUGACAGCUUAACAAGCCUUAGAAAGUUAGCUGAACAGUUCCCAUGGCAAGUGCUGGACAGCAAAGCUCCAAAGCCAGAAGACAUUGAUGAGGAGGAGGAUGAUGUUCCAGACCUUGUAGAAAACUUCGAUGAAGCCUCGAAGAACGAGGCUAACUGAAAUCCUUCCUGGGGGUUUGGAAGCUGGGGUGGACUGGAUGGACGAUCAGCUACGUGGUCCCAAAGCUUUGCAGACACAGGGAACAUCCACUGUUACCAGUUCA